UUUCAUAAAAACAUACUAUGUAGAUAAAAAUUUGCAAUGACGCUAAAAAUUGUUGUGAAAUUUUCGAUUACAAAAUAAUAUUAAUCGGAACCCUCCAAGCGAUUAAACGAUAAAUAACUAAUAAAUGUUGAUAAAAUUUUAAACUGUCUUUAAUGUGAUAUUAAGCUAAGAGCAUAGAGGUUAAGCCACCUAUUGAGAUUUUUGUUUUCUGUCUAACCUCUAUAGUCAAGAGGUUGAUUUUACAUAUAAACUGUGAUUCAAAGAGAAAAGUUCAGACGUACACUUACGUUCAUGUGAGAAUAUUGUUGGAAUUCUUUAUUCCAAUUUUUGUUUUACAGUUAAUAAUUGUUUAUUAUUUUUUCAACUCUUUUAUUUUUAUGAAAUAUUAAUUUUUUUCAUUUAUUAAAAAAAAAUUUGAUGAAAAUGAGUAGUACUUGUACAAAAAGAUUAGCUUUACUUAGUGUAUCUGAUAAAACAAAUUUAUUGCCGUUUGCAAAAAAAUUAAAUGAGUUUGGAUUAACUUUGGUUGCUUCUGGUGGUACUGCAAAAUCUCUGCGAGAUGCUGGUCUUCAGGUUAAAGAUGUUUCUGAUAUCACUGGAGCUCCUGAGAUGUUAGGUGGUAGAGUUAAAACUUUACAUCCAGCUGUUCAUGCAGGCAUUCUUUCAAGAUUAACGGAUAGUGAUCAAUCAGAUUUGCAUAAACAAAGUUAUGAAAACAUUUAUAUUGUGGUUUGUAACUUGUAUCCAUUCGUAAAUACAAUAAAUAAGCCUGGAGUGACGAUUGCUGAUGCUGUAGAAAAUAUCGAUAUUGGUGGUGUAACUCUUUUGAGAGCGGCAGCUAAAAAUCAUAUCAAAGUUACUGUAAUAUGUGACCCAAAUGAUUAUGAAAAGGUUAUCAAAGAGUUGGAAAACAGUAAUAAUCAAGAUACAACACUAUCUACUAGGCAAGCUCUUGCACUGAAAGCUUUCACACAUACUGCUCAAUACGAUGAUGAAAUUUCUAAUUACUUCCGUAAACAGUACAGUGCCGGAGUAUCGCAGAUGAGUUUACGAUAUGGUAUGAAUCCACACCAGAAACCAGCUCAAAUUUUUUCUACUUUAGAAAAGUUGCCUUUGACAGUUGUUAAUGGCUCUCCGGGAUUUAUUAAUCUCUGUGAUGCUCUUAAUGCUUAUCAACUUGUAAAAGAACUUAAAGUUGCUCUUGGAUUACCAGCUGCUACGUCAUUUAAACACGUUAGUCCAGCUGGUGCAGCAGUAGGUGUACCAUUAAACGCAAUUCAAGCAAAAUUAUGCCAAGUUGAUGAUUUAAUCGAUCAGUUAACUCCAUUAGCAACUGCCUAUGCAAGAGCCCGGGGUGCUGAUAGAAUGUCCAGUUUUGGUGAUUUUAUUGGACUUUCUGAUGUUUGUGAUGUCGUGACUGCUAAAAUUAUUUCACGAGAAGUUUCUGAUGGUAUCAUUGCUCCUGGUUAUGAACCUGCAGCUUUGGAAAUUUUAAAAAAGAAAAAAAAUGGCGGCUAUUGUAUUUUACAGAUUGAUCCUGAUUAUGAACCUGCACAAUUAGAACGCAGAGUACUUUAUGGACUAACUCUAGAACAAAUGCGAAAUAAUGCAGUCAUUGAUAAAUCUACAUUUUCAAAUAUUGUUACGGCUAAUAACAAUUUGUCAGAUGAGGCAAUAAGAGAUUUAAUUGUAGCAACAAUUGCUGUUAAAUACACUCAAAGUAAUUCUGUUUGUUAUGCUAAAGAUGGUCAAGUCAUCGGUAUUGGAGCUGGACAACAAUCGAGAAUUCAUUGUACUAGAUUAGCUGGAGAUAAAGCUGAUAAUUGGUGGCUUCGUCAACAUCCGAAAGUAAUGCAGAUGAUAUUUAAAAAAGAAGUUAAACGUGCAGAAAUUUCCAACGCUAUUGAUAAUUAUGUUAAUGGAUCGGUCGGAAAAGAUAUGGAUGAAAAAACUUGGGCUUCUAUGUUCCAAGUUGUUCCUGAAAAACUGAGUCAACAAGAAAAAACUGAAUGGAUUAAAAAGCUUGAUAAUGUUGCUUUAAGUAGUGAUGCAUUUUUCCCAUUCAGAGAUAAUAUUGACAGAGCUCGUCUGAGUGGAGUUCGAUUCAUCGGAAGCCCGGAAGGCUCAACUAAUGACAGUGUUGUAAUUCAAGCUUGUAAUGAGCAUAAUAUUACUUUAGCACAUACUAACAUUCGAUUAUUCCAUCAUUGAAAAUUCAUUCCAAUAUGUUUCAAUAUAUUAUACUCUUGUAAAGUUUUUACAAAAAUAUAUUUUAUAUACAGAGUUGUAUUUUAAUAAAAUAUAAAUCAAUUUCUCUUUUUUA